GGGAGAUAAACUCAGAAAUGGAAUCAAAUCUGAUAAAAUAAUUGAUUCUAGACGAAUGUACUCGUGGUGGUGGGAUAGCCAUAUUAGCCCCAAAAAUUCAAGAUGGCUCCAAGAAAAUCUCACAGAUAUGGAUGGCAAAGUGAAAUCGAUGAUCAAGCUCAUAGAAGCGGAUGCGGACUCAUUCGCAAGGCGGGCCGAAAUGUACUACAAGAAACGGCCCGAGUUGAUGAAGUUUGUGGAGGAGUUCUACCGAGCUUACCGUGCACUAGCAGAAAGGUACAACCACGCCACGGGUGAACUUCGCCAAGCCCAUCGAACCAUAUCGGAGGCAUUUCCCGAAGAAGUACCUUUCGAACUCGGUGAUGACUCGCCUUCGAAAAUUGAGCCUCUCACACUAGAAAUAAAAAGACGCGUGCAUGCAUUGUUCGAUGCUGACGAAUUGCUUCAAGAUUCCGAUGUAGGGUUGAAAAAACGGGGUUUGAAGCAAUUGCACGAAAUGCUCCAAAGUUUAAAUUUUUCCGACAAAGGAAAAAACGGGAGUAAUGAAGUUGAAGGGCUAAAGAAAGCCCUUUUGGAUAUCGAAGCUGAAAAGGAAGAUGUGCUACUCCAGUACCAACAAUGUCUUGUAAAGCUCUGUAAAAUCGAGGGAGAGAUAAAUGAGGCACAAGAAAAAUCGGGAAGGGCUGAAAUCGAAGCCCAAGCUUUGAAGGAAGCUCUCAUUCAAUCAGAGGCUGAAAAGAAUGCUGGACUGGUCAAACAGAAAGAGUAUUUGGAGAGGAUAUCUGAUCUCGAGGCUAUGGUUUCGAAAUUCCAAGAAGAUACGAAGGGGCUCGACGAAAAAGCAUUCGAAGCAGAAAGUGAAUCUCGAACCCUAAAAGAUAAAAUGUCGGGAUUAGAGCUCGAAAAGGAGACGGUGAUGCAAAAGUACAAACAGUGCCUCGAAAAAAUAUCGGAGUUGGAGAACAAAAUCUCUAUAAUCGAAAAUGAGGUCAGCCUUCUUAAGAAACGAGCCGAGAGAGCUGAAGCUGAAGUUUCUGAACUGAAAAGGGCGUUUGCUGAUCUGAACAAGGAGAAAGAAGCUUCGGCCCUACAGUACAAAUGCUGCCUGGAAAUUAUAUCCAAGCUCGAGAAAGAUAUAUCAUGCUUGAACGAUAAAGUCUCGAUUGGAAGUGCGAAGCUCAAGACUACCGAAGAGAAGUGUGCUCUGUUCGAGAAGUCGAAUCAAUCACUGCGAGUCGAAGCGGAUAAUCUUGUGAAAAAGAGUGCUGCGAAAGAUCAAGAACUCUCAAAAAAGCAGGGCGAAUUGGAGAGUCUUAAAGUGCGUUUAAAGGACGAGCAUUUACGUCACGAAAAAGUCGAAGCCACUCUCGAGACUCUGCAAAAUUCGCACUCUAAAUCUCGAGAUGAUCCAAUGGCUCUGCGCUUGCUCAAAAAUGUAGUUCAAAAGCUGAAAGAAACUGAAGCUAGCAAAAAUUGCUUGGAAGAAGAGAUUCGGCAGGUUAGAGAUGAAAACGAUAGUUUGAGCCAAACGAACUCUUCUAUGGAGAGUAUGCAGAAUGAAAUCUUUAGUUUGAGGGAGAUUAAGGAAAGGCUCGAAACGGAAGUUUCGCACCACAUUGGGAUAGCUAUUUCUCUUCAAAGGGAAAUUUCGAAUUUGAAAGAAGAAAUCGAAGGGUUGAAUAGGCACUAUCGGGAUUUAGUGGAGCAAGUGGAAGAAGCAGGUCUCGACCCCACGUGUGUGUUGAUUUCGAUUAAGUGCUUGCACGAGGAGAAUUCGAAGCUGAGGCAACUAUGCGAAAAUGGCAGAAACGAGGAAGCAAUCAUGUCGAAGAAGCUAGAGAAUAUUGAAGACGCAUUGUUGACCAUGACCGAGAAUAUGCAGAGUUUAGUGGGAAGAAACGCCGUUUUGGAGAAUUCACUAUCCACCGCCAAAAUCGAACUCAAAGGUUUGAGGCAAAAAUCGAAAAGGUUAGAGGAGAUUUGCGAAUUGCUCAAGAACGAAAGAUCGUGUCUUUUGACCGAAAGGGGCAGUUUAGUUUCGAAGCUGGAAAAUGUGGAGAGAAGGCUGAAGAUUUUGGAGAAAAAAUUUAUGGGGUUGGAAGAAAAAUACACUGAUUUAGAGAAAGAGAAAGAAGCCAUGCACGAUCAAGUCGAAAAGCUCAAGGUUUCGUUGGAUGAGGAAAAUCAAGAACGGACAAGCUCUCAGAUUUUGAGCGAAACCCGAUUGGCCGGGCUCGAAAAUCAAAUCAAUCUCCUUGAAGAAGAGAACACGUGUAAGAAAAAAGAAACAGAGCAAGAACUCGAUAAAGCUUUGAAAGCGCAGUUCGAAAUAUCCAUCUUGCAUAAAUUUAUAAAAGAUAUGGAAGAGAAGAACUACUCUCUCAUUAUUGAGUGUCAAAAACACGUCGAGGCAUCGAAAUUAGCGGAGAAAUUGAUAUCCGAACUGGAGGGUGAAAGUCUUGAGCAGCAAGUUGAAUCUGAGCUCCUAUUGGAUGAAAUCGAGAGGCUGAGAUUGGGAAUAUAUCGAAUUUUCAGGGGAUUGGGAAUUGCUCCUGAGGAAAAGGUUGUCGAAAACGAACAAACUUUCUUGCAUUGCAUUCUUGAAAGUAUUGAAGAUAUGAAGUGUUCUCUUUCGGAAUACGAGGAUGAAAAGCAAGAGCUCUUGGUUGAAAACUCGGUUCUUUUAACUCUUCUCGAACAGUUGGAGUCAAAAGGCGUCGAAAUCGAGACGCAGAAAAUACACUUGGAGCAAGAGUCGAAACUCAUGGCUGAGAAGCUUAGUGCUGUCGAACACGAAAAAAAUGAACUUGUGGAAAUAAAUAGGAAAUUGAAGUCGGAUGCGAGUGAAGGUCGUGAAGAAGCUGCUGUACUCGAGGCUGAAUUCGGGAGUCUUUGUGUCAAACAAGCUAACUUGCAGAAGGCGUAUAAUGCAUUACAGGCAGUUUACUUGAAAGUGAAUCAAGAAAAUACGUAUUUGUUGAAGAAGUUUUCGGAUCUGAAAGAUGAGAAAUACGAGUUAGAUCGGUAUAACGAGGAUGCAAUUCUUGAAUUUUUAUCAUCUGCUAAUGUAUCUGAAGUCUUGAGGAGUUUCGGGAAAGAGAAAACCGAAGAAGUGAAAUUACUUCUCGCAGAUCUGAACCGACAAAAUGAGGUCAAUGUUAGCCUCGAAAAGGAAAUGAGUGUGUUGAUAGGGAAGCUUGAGUUGCAAAAGGCGGAAAAUUUAGCCCUGAAAGAUGCCGUUUUUAGCUUGGAAAUCGAAACGAGAUGAGGCGAGAUAAAUGCAAAAAUGAGGCGUUAAAUCGCGCAAAAUGAGUCGUUAAUCGAACAAAAAACGAGGCGUUAAAUCGCGCGAAAAUGAGUCGUUAAAUCUAAACGAGAUGAGGCGAGAUAAAUGCAAAAAUGAAGCGUUAAAUCGCACGAAAAUGAGUCGUUAAAUCGAAACGAGAUGAGGCGAGAUAAAUGCAAAAACGAGGCGUUAAAUCGCACGAAAAUGAGUCGUUAAAUCAAAACAAAAUGAGGCGAGAUAAAUGCAAAAAUGAAGCGUUAAAUCG